AUGCAGCUCCCCAGCUGCGCAGCUCCCAGCCCCGAGGCUGCUGCCGUGCCCAUCCGCUGCGGCAACACCACCAAGUCCGGGAAGUUGCUGUUUCGCUUCCCCAAAGGACGGGGCCGUGCGGCUGCUGUGGGACCGCUUCGUCCGCUUCGUACGGGGCCGCCGGCCAACUGGUACCCGUGCGGGGACAGCUCCGUCAUCUGCUCCGAGCACUUCGCUCCCGCCUGUUUUGAUGUCUCUUCGGUUAUCCACUUCUCCGAGCGCCUGAGACCCGUGGGGGGCGCCGCGUCCAUUUUGCACCCGGUGUCCUCCCUGCUGAAACCUACGGGGAAAGCAGGGAGACUGAGCGGGCGACCGGGAACGGAGGAAAGCCCCAGGCAGUCAGGCAGCCCCAGGCUACCCCAGGGCCAGCCUCCUGUACACUCCUCUGGCCCACGAAGAGGGCUUUCGGCUUCACAGAUAAAGGGCCACCCAAAGAGGCCACCGGGGGUCUUGCAAGAACCCCAAUCGGCUAGGCUCCUCCACUUAGUGUCAUCUUGGGAAAAUCACCUCACCACGAAGGUUUUUGUUCAUCGGUGA